AUGGAAGAGUUUGCUGAUGUGUUUAAAGGCAUCGGACUGUUUCCUGGAGAAUGCAGUUUCCAACUCAAACCCUCUGUACCACCAGUGGUAUGUCCACCUCGACGCAUCCCAUAUGCUCUGCGUGACCGGCUCAAGGAUGAGUUGGACGACAUGGAAAAACUGGACGUUAUCCAAAAAGUCACAGAGCCAACUGAAUGGGUUAAUGCACUAGUAGUGUUGGAAAAGCCGAAAACAAAUAGGCUGAGAAUAUGCCUAGACCCCCACGCCCUUAACAAAGCUAUCCAAAGACCCCACUAUCCACUCCCUACUCUAGAUGAUGUCACACCAAAACUGGCUGGAGCACAGUAUUUCAGUGUACUAGACGCCAGAUCUGGAUACUGGAAUAUAAAGCUCACACACGACUCAUCUAUGCUAACCACGUUCAACACGAUCUACGGCAGGUACCGUUUCAAGAGACUGCCUUUUGGAAUCAUAUCUGCACAGGAUGAGUUCCAGAGGAGAGUGGAUGAGGCCUAUGAGGGGCUUCCAGGCAUUGCCGCCAUCGUAGAUGACAUCAUAGUCUACGGCCGCACCAAAGAGGAGCACGACGCCAGCCUGCGUGCCAUGCUGGAGAGAACCAGAGAAAAAGGCAUAAAGCUGAAUAAGGACAAGUGCAAAAUACCGGGGAAAAGAGUUUUACUACUGAGCGCACUACAGUCCAGCGGCCUGCUCCUCAUCCUGGCCAACAGCACCACCCAGUACCUCCGCCUGUGGUUGGAAGAAGGAAGGAUCAAAGUUCAGGUCAACAACUUUGAGACCCUCGUUGGUCGGACUGCGAUCAGUGACGGACAUUUUCAUCUGGUGACUGUGAUGCUGAAAGGAAUGGCCGCCAUGUUGUUCCAGUCGGCCCAGAUCCAGGGCCAUAUGUUCAUCAGGCCUAUCGAUGCUCAUACCGGGGAUCUGGUUUUCGUUGGGGGGCUUCCAGACCCGAGGGUCUCAGCUUCCUUUGGUGGCUACUUUAAGGGAUGCAUCCAGGAUCUAAGGAUUAACAACAAGCGACUUCAGUUCUAUCCCAUUGAAACUCCAGUGGAAUCUUACAUCCUGGAGCAACUUGUCAACGUUGCACAAGGAUGCAGCAGUGACAAUGCCUGUGCUGUCAACCCCUGUCUCAACGGAGGAGUGUGUUACUCCAUGUGGGACGACUUCAUCUGCAACUGUCCGCCUAACACUGCGGGCCGGGGCUGUGAGGAGGUCAAAUGGUGCGAGCUGUUACCCUGCCCCUUCCCUGCUGUUUGUCAACCCCGCUCUCAGGGCUUUGAGUGUUUGUCUAACGUGACAUUCCGUGUUGAAAGCAGUGUUUUGCAAUACCGGAGCAAUGGGAAGAUUAAGCGCAACCUCGACAGUUUCUCCAUCAGCUUCCGCACAAGACAGUCCGCUGCCACCUUACUGAAUGCACGUAAGGACUCAGACCAGGUCACCAUCUCCCUCCUGGACUCUCAUGUGGUCAUGGAGCUCCAGGCUGGGGCAAAAGACUCCAACAAGGUGACCGUACGAAGCGAGGGUCCGAUCAGUGAUGGAGAGUGGCACACUGUGGAGAUCAGCCUGGAGAACCAGACCCUCCCAACGUCAAGAUGGAUCAUGGUUGUUGAUGGAGGCAAGACUGAGGUUAGUAUGUCCAGAACAGCACCUGGGGACCUGGAUUUUCUUAGGGAGGGAGCAUAUAUCUUCCUAGGGGGGUUAAGCUCUGAGGCUGGGGUGAACAUGUCUGGCUGCCUGGGUCUUGUGGAGAUCGGAGGCCUUCUUCUGCCUUUCCACCUGGACACAGAGUUCAACGUCCCGAGACCUCAGGAGGAGCAGUUUGCGAUGAUAACCCCCGGUGUCGCCCCAAAUUACGGCUGCUGGGGAGCUAGAGUGUGUGCACCCAACCCCUGUAACAAUGACGGUGUGUGUGAGGACCUGUUUGACCUGCACCACUGCAUAUGUCCCUCCGAGUGGACGGGUCCACUGUGUGAAAAGCAAGCAGAUUCCUGCAUCUCCAGCCCCUGCAUUAACGGACACUGCAUCAACCUUCCGGAGGGGUUCGAGUGUGUGUGUGAGGUGUGGUACAGCGGCAAACAGUGUGACCUGGAAGCUGAUAUGUGUGAAAACAGCAAUUGCAGCGAAGGCGCCACGUGCCUCAAAGGUUUCCGGAGCUACGGGUGCCUCUGCCCUCUGGGUUUGACGGGUGAACACUGCAACGAGAACAUUCCGGAAAUCCCAUGGUACAUUGAGACUCAUCCAAAUCCCCAUUUACCUGUAUCUACAUGCGCUGGUACACGAUGGGACUACAACUGCUUUAAUGGAGGGAACUGCUCUGAAGAGGACAGCUGUCACUGUACGCCUGGUUUCGUAGGACAGUGGUGUGAGAAGGACGUGGAUGAAUGUGUCUCAAGCCCAUGCAUGAACGGCGGCUUCUGCGUGAAUUACAUGAACGGUUUUGAGUGCGUGUGUGAUAUGGAUCACGCAGGGAUACACUGCCAAAUUGAUGUCAGCGACUUUUACCUGUACGUCUUCCUGGGCGUGUGGCAGAACAUGUUCCAGCUGGUGUCCUUCCUCGUGAUGCGACUCGACGAUGAGCCAGAAAUUGAUUGGGGUUUCGUCCUCAACGAUUAGGCACCUGGCUGUCUAUAAUGAUAAGACGAGGAAGAGGGGGACAUUGGAGUACAUUUAAAGAGGCCCUAUCAUGCUUUUUGGGGUGUUCCCUU